CAGUUAAAGCAAAGUAUGAAAAUCGUAAUAAGAAAUAAAGAAAAUUAGCAACCAUAGCUACCGCUAGAAUGACUUUGUUUAAAUGGUGAUUACAGUUUCAUCUUAAUAUAAAUAGGUAUUUUCUAGUUUUAGAAAGACUUUUAGAACGAAAAUAUAAACAUACAGAAAAAAACACGUAUACAUUGUUAGUGUUCAGUCUAACCAACGACUUUUUAUGUAUACGGGUGGCAAUAAUACAUCUGUUACAAUUUUAAUAGAAUGUGUUUACUGGGGGACAUAAUAAUGCUCAAGUGUUUCAAGAAAUUAUAUAAAUCCUCAUACAGGUAGGUACAUUAAACAAAGCAAGCAAUUCAGUGAAUCAUAAAAAUUUACAACAUAUCGAACGGAAUUGGAAAAUUUACGACAUCAAGUACUUACCUUACUCACUUGAAAUCGUAAGCGAAUUGGAGCAUUUCGCAUUUGUAAUUUAUAUUCCUCGGUAGUGAAUUCUAUAAAGGACACUUUGAUAGAACUCGGAUAAUAUGCCGGUAGCAAAGUUGUUGAAAUUAAUUUCGUUUGUUUACUUAAUUUGUGGACCUAUUAUCCAUACCAAGAAUGUUAAGCGAAAUUUAUUAAAAAAAGAACAACAUCUCAAUAAAAGCGAACAUAUAAGCAGAGUCUUCGCGGGUCGCGACCUAGCGGUGGGAGAGUACCCUUUUGUGAUAGUAUAUAUAAUUUUGCAAAAAGAAACUGGCAUCAAUAAGAGAUUUUGUACAGGCACUAUGAUCACGGCGACCUGGAGUAUCACCGCCGCGCACUGUAAUGAGAACUUCAUUGACGACUCUGGUAAUGUUUUAAAAAAGUAUGUCGCUUACGAUAACUUCACGGAGUCACCAUACAUUACGGGACUCUAUGUACCCAUUAUGGAAACAUUCAAUCAUCCUGCAUACAAAGACUUGGUCCAUGCUAACGGACAAGUAACGUUUAUGAUACACGACAUAGCUUUAUUUCGAUCUGAAAAUGUCCCUGUGAAGGCACACGCCGUCUUAUUAGCAGCCGAUUACUCAACGUUGAUUGGAUUACCCGUAGUGUAUGUUGGUGGGGGUAGGAAGUUCCUUUGGGUUUUCAACAAACUUAAUCCACAACCACUGCAACUUGGUGAAGCAACAAUCAUUAAUUGUGAUGAAAUUAUGAAAAAAGUGUCAAAACAUACCAUAUGCCUCGCGCCGAAGUGCUCGAAGACCUAUCAGACGAAUUUGUACGGAGACUCCGGGGGUCCGCUUAUAUAUGAUGGUAAGGUCAUAGGAGUUGCUUCGAGUGCAAAACUUUGCAAGAUAGCGAAAAUGGCCUAUACCCCUGUGAGUCCAUAUUUAGAGUGGAUAUACCGUGUAGUGAAUGGCAAGAAGUCGUAAAGUAUUAUAUUUGGUGAAUUUCGGCUUGUAUUUAGCUAGAAACCUCUUGUUUAGGAAUAAAUCGUGUUUUAAGAUAAAAAUCUAUUUAUUGCCUUCAAAACCUUCUUAAAUACAUGUAUGAACAUACAUAUUAUCGAUUGAUAUCAAUCAUCGAACUCUCUACCAUCAAACGGAUACACAUUCUCCAGUACAAUCUAUCAAUGUAUCAACACAAUAAUCUAAACAAGCGGUAUGCUAUUUAAAUCCUGAUCGCUAAUUUUGUGGAAUAAUGUAUUUAUCAUCACUACAUAUUAUAAAACAGAAGCGCUUUUUCUG